CAAUUCGCCCUCAAAAUCUAGAAGAUUCCUCGCUCGGUGAAUAGAAGAGAGAAAAUUAGCGAAAAAUUAGUGAAAUUUUAGGGGAAAAUCGCAAAAGUUGUUUACCGAGUCCGAUUAUCGUUUAAAGUGUCAAAUUAAUAAUACGGGGCGAAGCGUUUGGUUGAAUGCUAUAGUAAGAUGAUGGCCGCGGCAGUCCUACCGGUCCCGACCAUUUUAAACAUAUUAAACGACAGCGACGACAAUUAUUUUACGGAUCAGAACGUGGAGCAGCCCCAGAGGGCCAAGAAGAGGCGCCUCGACCAUCUUUCCUGGGAGGAGAAGAUACAGAGAAAAAAACUGAAAAACCGAGUGGCAGCCCAAACGUCCCGAGACAGAAAAAAGGCCAAAGUGGAACAAAUGGAGGCCGCCAUCCAGCAACUGUUCACCAAAAACGAAACCAUCUUGACGGAGUGUGAGAAACUCCGAGAAACAAAUGAGCGUCUCCAGGCGGAGAAUGCAGAACUAAGAGAGCGACUACAACAGCACCAAGGGGCCCCCCUCGUAAAGUGUCAGUGCCAAAGUCGGUCUGUCGUGUGCGCGCCCGUAAGCGGAUCAACCGAAUCCCUUCUUCAUGAUGAUGUCCUUCGGCCGAAAGGAGCGGGGGCGCACACAGCAGCGACUUUGGGACCCGAGAGGGCCCUCCUGGAGCUCCGCUUGAAGAUCCUUCUGGUUUGCCUUCUUUGCCGGACCUGCUCGACGAGCUUGAGAGCGAAUCGGUCGAUCUCGGAGCACUGGCAGCUCACUCAGACCCUACUCGAGGAUAUCGCCCGAGAUUUGGAGGGAGCUGCCGCUCAAAGGACAACUGAUCAGGAACCAACCCUUGAUACAAAAAAUAUUCCAAACCAAAUGGUGGGGCCGCCACCAGAACACUUGGAACCCAGUCGAGGAACCGGCGAUGACGUCACGCUAAAAAGCGACAUCUCCGAAUACCUGCUCCUUCACCAUAACUACGCAAAAGCCCCUCGUAAAACAAAAGACGAUCAUCACCAACAACAACCAUCACCAAGGGUGAAAAAACUGAAAACCAUCCGACCAAAACUGACCACAGAACCCCCCCAAAAAGUGACAAGGGAGGAGACCCCCCGAGAAGUGGUUUAUGGCACCUUCGAUGAAAACACCAACACAAUCACCAUCCUGGUGGACGAGGUGCCUUUGAAUGAGGUUAUCGUGGGGGGAGUGGACAAGACUCCACUCAAUGUUCUCGAGACCUUAUCGGUGGACACCAACACACCCCCCACGACAACUAGUUCCGAGUGCUCCUCAUCCCCCAGGUCCGAUUUGGGUUACGAAUCUCUGGACUCGCCACUUAGUGACCUGGACACCACUUGGGAGCAAAGUGUUUCCGAGCUGUUUCCCUCACUCUUUUAACCUCCUCUCUUAUUACUGUUUUUUAAGGGUUUUGUACAGUUAGGUUAGGUUUUUUGCUAUUUAUUUACUUGUAACAAUAUGUUUGUUUAUUAUUAAUUAAAUAAAUUUGGGUAGUUUUGUGAAGCGUUA